CGUGAUGGUGUAGCAGCCUUCGCUGAGUGAAUGCAGUUACGGAGUCCCUCACUCGCUCUCGCGGAUCAUAGAGGAAGUGGAGCGCGUGCAGGAGCCGAUCUGAACACAACACACGAGGACGCAGCGCCAGCGAGGACAGCACGCGCAAAGAGGUGCACCUGUAAUCCACACCGCUCACUCGCCGAUGUACUGAUAGUGUGAGAGCAUCCAGCAGAAGAAAGAAGACGUAUUAUAAACUACGCGUAUACCCAUGCUUGGGAUUUGGUUUUCUUGUUCUUCGCUCAUGCAAAAGGAAAUAUGCAGCGAAGCCUCACAUUGCUCUGCACCAGUUUCCUGGGAUUGUGCCUUGCGUCCAGUUUCCCAAGUAAUAUCAACAUAGGAGGGUUAUUCCCAACCGAAUCACAUGAAUAUGAGGUGUUUCGGUUUGCGCUCUCGCAUCACCAGGAAAUCCCUAAACUGGUUCCUCAAGUGGAUAUGGUCAAACUGGGCAAUAGCUUUUCCAUGACAUAUGCCUUCUGUUCACAGUUCGCCAAAGGAGUCUAUGCUAUCAUCGGUGUGUAUGACAGGAAGACCGUAAACAUGCUGAUGUCGUUCUGUGGCGCGCUGCACGUCUGCUUUGUGACGCCCAGUUUCCCCAUGGAAAACUCCAACCAGUUCGUCAUCCAGCUGAGACCCGAACUGCAAGACGCCUUGGUGGGUGUUAUUGAGUACUACAAGUGGACCACGUUCGUCUACAUGUACAGCUCAGACUCUGGACUGUCAGUUCUGCAGAAGGUUUUGGACACAGCAGCCGAGCGUAACUGGCUGGUGACCUCUGUGAAUGUGGAGACAAUGACAGAGGCAUCUUUCCUCAAAGUGUUCCAGGACCUGGACAAAAGGAAGGAGGGCCAAAUCAUCAUCGACUGUGAACUGGAGAGACUCACCUCCAUAUUGAAAAAGAUUGUUGAGCAGGGCAAGAAUGUGAAGAGUUACCAUUACAUCCUAGCCAACUUGGGAUUUCUAGAUAUCGAGCUGACGGAGUUCAAGAAAGGUGAGGCUAAUGUAACAGGAUUUCAGUUGGUGAAUUAUGCCAAUCCAAACGUCAGUAGGAUAGUGCAGCAAUGGAUGGACUUUGAUAACAAAGACGCUAAAAUUCCCAAGCGAGGAUUGAAGUACACUGGAGCGCUUACAUACGAUGGUGUCAAAGUGAUGUCCACAGCCUUCCAGAAUCUCCGCAGGCAGAGGAUAGACAUUUCUCGCCGUGGAAAUGCUGGUGAAUGUCUGGCCAACCCGCCGGCACCUUGGGGACAAGGCAUUGAUAUCCAGAGAGCACUUCAGCAGGUUCGGAUCGAAGGUUUAACCGGACACAUUCAAUUUAAUGAGAAAGGACGACGGACAAACUACACUGUCAGCGUGAUGGAACUCAGAUCAACAGGACCAAAAAAAGUGGGUUACUGGAACGAGGAUGAGAAAUUUGUGAGCACGGCAGCCUUCAUGCCCGGCAGUAAUGAGACUUACGGACUGCAGAACCGCACAUAUAUUGUAACCACUAUAUUGGAAUCACCUUAUGUCAUGCUAAAGAAGAACCACGAGCAGUUUAACGGAAAUGAAAAGUAUGAAGGUUACUGUGUGGAGCUGGCAGCAGAGAUCGCGAAGCACGUAGGAUACCAAUACAAACUCAAGAUAGUGGCUGAUGGAAAAUAUGGAGCCAGAGAUCCUGACACCAAGAUGUGGAAUGGGAUGGUGGGAGAGCUUGUCUAUGGCAAAGCUGAUGUAGCUGUGGCUCCCCUAACCAUUACCCUGGUACGAGAAGAAGUUAUUGACUUCUCCAAACCAUUCAUGAGUCUGGGCAUCUCCAUUAUGAUCAAGAAGCCUACAAAGUCCAAGCCUGGUGUAUUCUCCUUCCUGGACCCUCUGGCCUAUGAGAUCUGGAUGUGUAUUGUGUUUGCCUACAUCGGCGUGAGCGUGGUGCUCUUCCUGGUCAGCCGCUUUAGUCCAUACGAGUGGCACGCGGAGGACUAUGAGGAAAAUGCUGAGCAGAACCCUAACCAGCCAUCGUCAUCGUCUGCCCAACCUGGUCAGAGUCAACAGAACCAGAACCAGCAGAGUCAGGAGCAGACCAAUGAGUUUGGCAUCUUUAACAGUCUGUGGUUCUCAUUGGGAGCGUUCAUGCAGCAGGGCUGUGAUAUCUCCCCCAGGUCUCUCUCCGGCCGUAUCGUGGGCGGCGUGUGGUGGUUCUUCACCUUAAUCAUCAUCUCCUCAUACACUGCCAACCUAGCAGCUUUUCUGACAGUAGAAAGAAUGGUGUCACCCAUUGAGAGCGCAGAGGAUCUGGCUAAACAGACUGAGAUUGCUUAUGGUACUCUAGACGCUGGUUCCACCAAAGAGUUUUUCAGGAGGUCAAAGAUUGCCGUGUUUGAGAAGAUGUGGUCCUACAUGAAGUCAGCAGACCCCUCAGUAUUUGUGAAAACCACAGAUGAGGGAGUGAUCCGAGUGAGGAAGUCCAAGGGCAAGUACGCCUACCUGCUGGAGUCAACCAUGAAUGAGUACAUCGAGCAGCGCAAACCCUGCGACACCAUGAAGGUCGGAGGGAACUUGGAUUCCAAGGGCUACGGCAUCGCCACCCCCAAAGGAUCUCCGCUUAGUCAAUAAAAUCAUCUCACCAAAAGCACUGCCACCUCCUGAAGAAAAUGUUCAUCAAACUGAAUGUAAUCGUCUGUUCCUCAUUCCUAAAAUACUCUCUGAUUUCUUUCUGUCUGGAACUUCUGGGAUUAGAAAGAAUUCUGGGAUUUUAUCAAGCCAGUCAAUCGCUCUCUACACGUGCAGAGCAUCAGACGGCAUUUGCUCACGAUGCCGAUAGUAUCCGUCGUGGGGAAAUGUGCGUUUGUGCCUGUGAACUCUACACGGCGUGCAAGACCUGAGAUAGAAAGAGAGAUGCUUCAGAUGUGCUUUUUGCUAUUAGAUAUUACUAGGCAUGUAUGAUAUGUGUUGCUAACAAUAUAUAAAACUUGCAUUACCUUUUAAAAAGUCCUAAUAUGUUCCACUUACGUCUGGUACAAUAGGUACUAAAAUGACCUUGCUAGGUGCAAAAAUGUACUACUUAGUAUUUUAUCAGGUGUAUUACAUUUCUAAAUUAGUACAUUUCAAUAUAUAUUGAGACAAGACAAGAAUUUAACAGGGUAAAAGUAACAGGGUUAUUAUAUUCCCAUUACAAGCCUCAUGCUCAAGGUCAUGCAACUGCAAGGUUUUUUCUAGAUAGAAAAUGUAAUGUUGAUAUUUCUGGCAGCAUAAAUAUAGAGACAGUAAACACAGAAAAAAACAUUUAUAAAUUUAAGCCAAAGGCUAACAUCAACUAUUCAGUGUUAAAGUCAUUGUUUAAACAUAAAGGCACCUGUUCUAUAGAGUGACCCUUGUGACAUCAUCCCUAAAGAGAUGAAGCAGAAACACAUCUAAGGUCAUCUUCCUCUUAUCUGUAGGGGUCCCGCUACUGGCUUUAUAAAACCUGCCUUUCACAAAGGCCACUAACAAAAGCAUCGCUCUCCAUUAAAACAUAUUAACAUACUGAACCAAUGACUCAGACUCAGAUCGAAACCAGUGCAUCAUGCAUUUAACAUUCCAGCCUACAUAAAGCAGUGGGUGUUGUGUUUAAAUCCGUCUGAGUCUGUUCUCCCAUCACGCUGUCUCUCAAACGGCCUAUCCGGGCCGACACUGACCAAACUAUUUCGUUAUCGUUUCAAGAAACCCAGUAAACCUGGCAGUGUUAAAACUGAAUGAGCAAGGCCUGUUGGACAAAUUGAAAAACAAAUGGUGGUACGACAAAGGAGAGUGUGGCAGCGGAGGAGGUGAUUCCAAGGUCAGCCCCAAUGUGACA